UUGAAAUAAUAAUAAGAUUAAGAAUAAAAUAUUUUAGUAUAAAAACAAUUCAGUUGCGUAAAAAAAUAAUCGAAUAUACCUUUAAAAACAGUACAUUUUAAUUCAUCACGUGUAACAUCAAUUUCACGUUCGUCACGUGUGCAAUUACAACACCGUUUCACCUGUGAAAAGGUCACGUGUGGGCACGUGUGACUCUCAGGUAUGUGAAAUGUGUGAGACUUCGCAUGUGAAAACAAACAGAAAAGCCACAUGUAAUGGACCAUCAUGGGUGAAACAGCAAUUUACGCUUGAGAGUAAAUCACAGAAUUCAUUUCUCACAUGCGGUUUUCGGACCUUUUUACAUGGGAAAAGUAGCCUAAUGACCCACAGCACACAUGUUUAUUUAUAUAGUUAUUUAUUUUGUCUGAUGAAAUUGGCCUGCGGACAGCAAAACGUACAACGUACGCUCCAGGGGUUGAGGAUGAUUAAUUCCUACGUGGGACAAGUGAUUGUUUAGCCGCCGUUGCCCGGGGCGACGGGAGAAAGGUGAGCUGCGGGAGCGGGGAAGACCCCGGGAAAACUGACGUCAGCUGACGGAACUCCCCUCGCCGUCCCAAGAGCACAGCGUCCAGGAGGCUGCUGCCGUGUGACCUGGCCUCAGUGAGCCACAGCCAGCGGACCGGCAGCCGAUGUGGACGCAGGCUUCGGCGACAGAGUGACAGACCGUGGAGAUGGUGUCCUUUGCGAACGGUGAAGGCGGAUCCGAGGCCGCUUUCAGACGGAGACGGAGGAGCGGCGCAGCUCCUCACCCUCCAGCAGAAGCGCUCACACCGGCUCGGCGGCGGCAGACAGCCCGGCACAGAAAACAAAAACUCAUGUCCAAACUGACUGAUUCCGGUUUCGAGGAAGACUUGGGAUCCUCCCCGAUCUCAUCCCGGGCUCGGACGACUGUGUCCGCGCUCCGUUUGGAUGAGCCGGAGCCCCCCGCGGAACAGCUGCCCAACUGGUACCUGCAGUACGGAGACAUCGGUUACAACAUCCAGAGGGAGAAAGAGGCGCAGUUUCAUCCCUGCAAAAGCUUGGCGCGCCAGCCACAACUGACUGCAGAGGCACGGUGUAAACUCGUCAGCUGGCUCAUCCCUGUACACAAACAUUUCCGUCUGUCCUUUGAGUGCUGCUGCCUGGCAGUGAACAUCAUGGACAGAUUCCUGGCAUCCACAGCAGUGGCUGCUGAUUGCUUCCAGCUCCUGGGCGUCACUGCCCUUCUUCUAGCCAGUAAACAGGUGGAGGUUUGCUCGCCACGGAUCAGCCAUCUCUUGUCGUUGUGCUGCGAUGCCUUCACCAAGGAGCAGCUCUGCAACCUGGAGUGUCUCAUCCUCCUGCGUCUCAACUUCCGCCUCGCUGCGCCCACCCUGGCCUUUUUCCUGGACUAUUACACCAACUGCAUCGAGGCUGCCCAGCUCGUGACUGAGAACACAGGUGGUUGCAGGUUUGCAGGGAUGAAUCCGGUCCCAAGAAGACCCAAGCAGUGCAGCAGCCUUGCACGAAAGGUGUGCGAGUUGAGCCUAGCAGAUUAUGCUUUCAACAAAUACCCACCUUCUCUGACUGCUAGCUGUGCACUGCGGCUAGCCAGUGAGUUGCUGAAAACCAAACAGGGGCUUGUUGAGCAUGCAACCGUCCAGUCACAGGGCGACCAGUGGGACAGUUUUGUGGAGGAAUUAUGUACCCGACCAGCUUCCGCCCAACCAUCUGAGAGCCCCGAGGUUUCUGAGGGCAGCUCUCUCGUCGUGAAGGGCCACCUCCUGCCUGUGGGCCAGGAGAGCUACAACCACAAUCUGGUCCGGGAAUGCAAAGACAACCUGAAGCUGCUGGUGUCAUUAAACCAGGAGACCCUGGAAGAGAUGUCCACUAUGUGACUUUAUGGGGGUUUAUAUCCUAGGGGCUAUUUUAACAAACACAGAGUUGAGGAUGAAGCGCCUCAUUUAUAUGUGUUAAGAUGAAUGUGAUGUUCAGAAGUGAAGUCUGGGUUUCAUCCAGGCCUGUCCACUAAACCUCAUGCACUGUACAGCAUGUAUCACAGGCCAUCAGUCAUACUUGAUGGCCACUGAAUGUUUUACAACAUAACAUUAUUGUUUUGUAUUUAUUGAUAGUUCAUUAUUGUUUAUCAAUGAAGUAUAGCUAUUAUUUUUUAAAUGUUUUAUUAAUUGUAAAUCGAAAUCAUGAUUUACUAUAUAUGCACUGACUCACUGCAGGUUCAUAAGUUAUGUUACUGUUUCAACCAUUGAAUGAAGGAUCUGUGAAAAUGUACUGUAAUGAAUUGAUUGACGUUGUGAAAUAAAUGAUCAG